GCUGAAACAUCAAAACUUUGCCAGGAGUUAGUAGUUAUUUUAAAUGGACUAACAAUCUCUGAACUAACCUGGAAGAUCCCUUUGGCUAGUCAGGUCAUAAGUGGUGAUUCGUUACUAGUAGCUCAAUUAUCAAAAAAACAAAAGAAAAAAUUUAUGAAACCGGUUGAAAAAAUGGUGCCCCCAACAAUGCCUCAAGACGUAACAGAAGAAUGUGUAAAAUUCGUAACAAAUUUUAUGCCACGAAGUAUACCAAGGUUACAAGAAGGAUUAACACAUGAUGGGAACUGGAAGGAAUGUGACAAUAAGCUUAAUGAGGGUACCUAUAUUAAUAAUGUAGUUGUUUCCGCAAUACGUGCUACAUUAUUUGAUAACCCUUUGAAGAACAUGCAUUCAUUACUAC